AAUCGAUUCGCGAGUCGCGAGUCAUCAGUAGAUCCUCCUGCUGCCUCUGCAGGCAUUUGGCUAUGGAGCGGCUAUGAAGAAAACCAGUGGCAGAGGUGUACGACAAAACUAACAACUCUCCUUAUUUCUGCACAAUUUCUCCUUCAGAUUCGACCAAGAUAAUCAAAGAAAGCUGCCAUGUCUGAUUACGCUGACUCUUUGAUUGACGUCUCCAGUGACAGUUUUUGGGAGGUUGGGAAUUACAAACGGGCUGUAAAGCGGGUGGAUGAUGGGAAUCGUCUGUGUAAUGACUUGAUGAACUGUAUUCAUGAGCGAGCUCGCAUUGAGAAGGCAUACGCACAGCAGUUGACUGAAUGGGCCAAGCGCUGGAGACAACUGAUAGACAAAGGGCCUCAGUACGGGACGGUGGAGCGGGCCUGGUGCGCCCUCAUGACAGAAGCCGAGAAGGUCAGUGAUCUCCACAUGGAGAUGAAGGGUGUUCUCAUGGCUGAGGACUUUGAAAAAGUGAAAAACUGGCAGAAGGAUGCCUACCACAAGCAGAUGAUCGGCGGGUUCAAGGAAACCAAAGAGGCCGAAGAUGGGUAUCGCAAAGCUCAAAAACCUUGGGCCAAGAAACUUAAAGAGGUGGACACGAUGAAGAAGGCCUACCACACAGCCUGCAAGGAAGAGAAGUUGGCCACCAGCAGGGAGAACAACAGCAAGAUGGAGAACAACAAUCCAGAGGCCCAGAAAAAGCUCCAAGACAAAGUAGAGAAGUGCCAACAGGAUGUACAGAAGACUAAGGAGCGUUAUGUGAAGGCCCUGGAAGAGCUGGAUAAGGUAACACCUCAGUACAUGGAGAACAUGGAGCAGGUGUUUGAACAGUGGCAGCAGUUUGAGGACAAGCGACUGCGCUUCUUCAAAGAGCUCCUACUGGAUGUCAAACAGCACCUUGACCUCUCUACCAAUCACAAGUUCCAGGAUGUGUAUCAGACAUUGGAGGACACGAUCCAGGCAGCUGACACAGAGGAAGAUCUGAAAUGGUUCCGUUCCAACCAUGGCCCAGGCAUGCCAAUGAACUGGCCUCAGUUUGAGGACUGGUCUGUAGAUUUAAAUCGGUCGCUGAGUCGGAGAGAAAAAAAGAAGCCAAGCGAUGAAGUAACACUUACAGGCAUCAGUCAAACAGGAGAACGAGCACCCAAAACCAGUAACAGCUUGACUGUGCCCAGUAGCACAGAACCAGUGGGCUUAAACCCAUUCGACGAUGAGGAGGAUGAAGAGGAGACGCCAGCAGAGCAGCCCAACAGCAGCCCAGCCAAUGUGAAAAAAGAGGAAGUUAUUGCCAAAAUUACCAGCAAUGUGGAGAAGACACAGGAUUGGUCAGAUGAGGAGACUGGGAACCCUUUUGCAGCAAACACCAAUGGAAACGGGAAUCCGUUUGAGGACGAGCCGGCUUCUCCCACAAUUUCAGUUCCUGUACGAGCUCUGUAUGACUACGAGGGCCAGGAGCAGGACGAGCUGAGCUUCAAAGCAGGUGAUGAAUUUCUUAAAGUCGGAGAGGAGGAUGAGCAAGGUUGGUGCAAAGGACGUCUGAAAGAUGGCCAAGUUGGACUGUACCCAGCUAAUUACGUGGAGGACAUUCAGUGACCAGAGAGGAAAUGAGAAGCAUGGAGAGGAAGAAAGCGGGACAGAGAGAAGAAAGGAGGGGAGGGGCAAUUUCUGAUGAUGGAAAGCUGCUCGUUAUUCCCCUCUUGUGGUGGAGGCUGGACCAACCGCUGCAAUAAUCCAAAAUGUCUUUCCACCUUAAUUUUCUUAUAGAUGCUGCCCUUUUUUGGAGAUCUAGGAGCAGAUACCAUGCCAAGAUCUCGCCACAAAUGGUUUUUAAAAAAGGCUGUAAACAACAGGUCUGCACAAAAGGGCAACAAGACAUGCUGAGUUUUAAUUACAUACACAGAACACAUAUCAUUUCAAUAUUUGAUCCAUUUUUAAAUUGCUGAGUAUAGUGUCAAUCAUUAGACUGACAGAAGUUUACUCGUACCAAGCCUGGUCUAGAUUCUGGUUCUAAUCGCAACAUAGAGCAUCUUGAGGUGGAACGUUUCACGGGCUACUGCUUUCUCUGUUGCUCUUAUAUUGCUCAAGGUCAGGGAAACCUGCUUCGUUAAUAAUAAAGGUUACUUUGUUUUUAUCUGAUCAGUGGAAUGUUUCCAUACAUGUUACAUAAAAAAAAACUAUAUUUUGGUAAUUACUUUAUUGCCAAGACAUGCAGACUACAUAGUGACGAUAUUGCUGUAUUCUGAACGUUGGACAUUUUCAGAGUAUCUCAUUAUUUUUCAACACUGUAUCCUGCAGUGACGCUUCAGAGGAAGUCUAGAGGUUUUAUUUUCCAACCAGAUUUUAUUACUUUUACAAAGCGUGUGUAAGGAUGGAUGGAUGUUUUUUUUUGAAUAGUCGGUUUUGACCCUGAACUAAACUAGACCAAAGCCAGGUUGAAUGCUCGAGUAGUUUUUCAGGGAAGAGCUGAAGUGUGGUCAUUGUCCCAGACGACUUGUGUGCUGUUCACCUUCAUUGCUGGUCAAGUCAGGAACUUUUCACUUCUUUCAUAAGAACAGUUUGUUGCAUUUCUUGUUUGAACAAUAUCUUGUUUUGUUUUGUUUCAAAUAGUUCGGUAUCAAAUAGUUUAUUUGUUCUUGGGGAAGGUCUCUCACUUGAAGUUGUCAGUUUUAUUUUAACCUGCACUGGACAGUUCACAGCAGAUCCACAGAAGAAAAUCGUAAUGCUUUUGUUCAAACUUGUUACAAACACAUGAUGUCCACUCACAUGAAAUGUUUCACAUCGAGAUAGAGUAAUGUAAGGAAAAGAUGCAGAAACAUGAUAGUAUUUGUGCACGUACAUUGCAAUGAACAAGAUGAGCGUUUUUAAAUUAGAUCUUGGGAUGGACAGUAUGACUUUAUUAAAAUUUAGACUAUUUUGAGACUAAUUUAUGAAAUGCCAUAAGUGCUUCAACUUUUGCUCCUGGAUAAAUGCUGUGAUUCAGAAUCAGAAUGUAUGUUAAUUAAGCAUUUAUGUAAUUUGAAUGUUAUGAAUUUAUUAUUUUGUUACCUGUAUUAUUAUAUGAAUUUUAUUUCAUUCUUACAGUUGGUCAUAUUGAGGUAUAUAGACACACCUUUAUCAGUUGAUUUAGAUAUUUUCUUUGAGUUUGUUCUGAGAGUUUAUGAUUGGUAUUCUUAUCACCACCUGCCCAGUAAUUGCUGUGCUUUAUUAACACCAUCUCAUAAGAGCAAGAGCAAAUGAAUUUUGAAUGUAUCGGAGGUAUUGCUGCAGUUAUUGAGAAGUGGUAUAAGAUGUUUAAAUUUUGGUUUUGGUAUGUAAAAACCUAAGCAACUGUGCUUACAAAAUACACUCUGUUAGAUGUGUCACCUUGGCAGUUGGCAAAUAAAUGAUUUAAAAUGAGA